CUCUUCCCAGCUUUCGCCUUACCUCCCUGGGUUUCAGUUUUCAAGAUGGCCGCUGCAUCAGCCCGGGGUGUCUCCGCGCUCCGCCGCUGCUGCCUCCUGGGACUCCCGAUUUGAAGUUCUGUCACUUCUGGUUGCGUGUUUCAGUAUUUUGGAGAAAUCGUAGUUGUCUCUUGCAUUUGUGUGGACCUUCGUCUCUAUAACAAGACUCCUGGACUUUGGCUAGGUUGCGUGAAGAGAGCUUGGUGUGUGCUAUGGUGAGCCAGCCUCCGGGCAGUGCCAGCCUCCUUUCCUCCCUCCAGGACCAGGGCUAAACCUCUAUGGAUAUACAGUCAUCAUGGUGAAGCUGGCAAAUCCUUUAUAUACGCAAUGGAUCCUGGAGGCCAUCAGGAAGGUGAAAAAGCAGAAACAGCGCCCGUCCGAGGAGCGUGUUUGCAAUGCUGUGUCAACGUCGCACGGCCUAGAUCGCCACACUGUCUUGGAACAGUUGGAACUCAGUGUUAAGGAUGGAACGGUCCUUAAGGUUUCCAACAAGGGGCAAAACUCCUACAAAGAUCCUGAUAACCCUGGUCGCUUGUCACUACCUAAGACUGGCAGAGGCCCGGGGCGGCCAGAAGGUGUGGACUGGCAUAGGCUAUUGAGACGAGCAAUAGAGUGGCUCGGUGAGCCAGGGGGCUCUACUCUGAAGAGCAUUGAACGCUUUCUGUGGAGUCAGCGGGAUGUGGGUUCAUCCUUCAGUGGCAAUACAGGUGCAGCUUCUGCUUUCCACCAGCAGCUAAGGCUUGCAGUUAAGCGGGCACUGGGUCAUGGAAGAAUCAUGAAGGAGGGGUCCCUAUAUAAGCUGAAUGCCAAGGCAUCAGAGGGCAAGCAGGGAUUGGAAUCAUUAUCUUCCCUCCCUCCAGUUUGUCUACUGCCCCAUGAGAAAGACAAGCCAGUCGCUGAGCCCAUCCCAAUAUGCAGUUUUUGUCUGGGAACAAAGGAGCAUAACCGAGAGAAGAAACCAGAAGAGCUCAUAUCAUGCGCAGACUGUGGAAAUAGCGGUCACCCGUCCUGUCUUAAGUUCUCUCCUGAACUCACAGUACGAGUUAAAGCCCUCCGCUGGCAAUGUAUAGAGUGCAAAACCUGCAGUUCGUGCCGCGACCAGGGCAAGAAUGCUGACAAUAUGUUAUUUUGUGAUUCGUGUGACCGUGGAUUUCACAUGGAGUGCUGCGAACCACCCCUUACGCGAAUGCCAAAAGGCAUGUGGAUAUGUCAGAUCUGUCGACCACGGAAGAAAGGCAGAAAAUUACUGCACAAGAAGGCAGCACAGAUCCGCAAACGUUACACUAACCCCAUUGGAAGACCUAAGAAUCGGUUAAAGAAGCAGAGUGGAUCGUCUAAAGCUCCAUUUGGUAAAGGUCGUGUUGGCAAAGGGAGAGGGAGGAAGCGCAAGUUAUCGACGUGUACAUCUUCAUCCGAUGAGGAUGGCAGGAACUCUGAUCCCUCACAUGCCAGAGGUGGCGCUGUUCCCUUUAACAAGAAGACGAAGGGUCUUAUUGAUGGCUUGACCAAGUUUUUCACUCCUUCUCCUGAUGGACGCAAGGCACGCGCGGAAGCAUUGGACUAUUCCCUGCAGCGUUCACGUAAGAGAGGGCCACGCAAGUCCGGACAGGCGGACUGGGACAAUCGAGAUGGUUGGGACUGCAAAACUGAUAUGGACGACCGACUAGGAAUGGUUUCUGAAAAAGAAAUUGAACUUUUUGAAGACAUUCAGCAGCAGGCACUGCAGAAAGUGGGUGUUAGCGGUCCCCCUGACCCACAAGUCCGCUGCCCAUCUGUCAUAGAAUUUGGAAAGUAUGAAAUUCAGACAUGGUACUCCUCUCCAUACCCACAGGAGUACACAAGACUCCCCAAGUUGUACCUUUGUGAAUUCUGUCUCCGUUAUAUGAAAAGUCAAACCAUGCUACAGCAGCACAUGAAAAAAUGCGGCUGGUUUCACCCGCCUGCCAAUGAGAUAUAUAGGAAGGACAACCUUUCAGUCUUUGAGGUGGAUGGAAAGGUCAGCACGAUCUACUGCCAAAACCUCUGCCUUCUGGCCAAGCUCUUCCUCGACCACAAGACCUUGUAUUAUGAUGUAGAACCCUUCCUCUUCUACGUGCUCACACAGAAUGAUGCAAAGGGUUGUCAUUUGGUUGGUUAUUUCUCCAAGGAGAAGCAUUGCCAGCAGAAGUACAACGUGUCCUGCAUUAUGAUCCUUCCCCAAUACCAGAGGAAAGGAUACGGCCGCUUCCUCAUAGACUUCAGUUAUCUUUUGUCUAAGCGUGAAGGUCAGGCUGGUUCUCCGGAAAAGCCACUCUCGGACCUUGGCCGCCUGUCUUACAUGGCCUAUUGGAAGAGUGUGGUAUUGGAGUGUCUACACCACAACCGUGACCAUCAGCUGAGUAUCAAGAGACUUACCAAACUGACAGGGAUUUGUCCCCAGGACAUUGCUGCUACAUUACAGCAGUUACACAUGCUAGAGUUACGAGGAGAACGGGUUGUGAUGGUGCGCCGAGAAAAACAAAUCGAGGCCCACAUGAGCCGCCUGCAUGCUCGGCCACGGCAGGUGGAAGUGGAACCAGAGGCCCUGAGAUGGACGCCUGUCAUAGUGACCAACUCUGUGGUAUCUGAUGAUGAAGCAGAGUCUGAAGAUGAGGAGGACGGAGAAGGGCAGCCCCUUAAGGAAAACAAUACACCAGUGUUAAGAAGCAUGUCUCUAGAUUUCAAAGAGAGAGACAUGUGCCCUGUGUUGGAGAAGGAGAAAAGUCCACCUCCGCGGCCUCCCAGUCCAAAGUCAUCAGUACCUUGCUUUCCAAACCCACGGCAGUUUCAGGACUUAUUGCGGGACAGCAUACCUGCUAAUAAACCACCAUCAGGGAGAGGCCGGCGAGGGAGACGAGGGCGGCGUGGACGGGCUCCCUGCGCCUCUUCCAACAGAAGUGCUGAUCUGCUCCGCUUACUGGCAAGGGAACCUCCAGGACCUCCUCCAAGGCGCAAUGGUGAACGUGGCCGUUCUGGCUCUCGGAGAGGGAGACUGAAGAGACUGGCAGACUCUAUCCUAAGAAGAGACUUCUUGGAGCAUCAGGAAAGGCUCUCCCAGCGGUAUGAAAGCGAACGCUCCCAGUUAAGAAGGUUUAGUGAGAGCAGUGAGGAGGAGGAGGAGGAGGAAGAUGACGAAGAGAAUCGCAGUCUGCGUUCAGAGUCACCACCUAUUCUUACCAAACCAAUGCUCAAGCGUAAGAAGCCCGGACCACAUAAAAGACGGCGUGUGCGGCGGCGUAAGCACCACCACAACAGCAGUGUAGUGACAGAAACCAUAUCUGAGACUACCCAGGUGUUGGAUGAACCAUUUGAUGAUUCUGACUCUGAACGUCCAAUGCCAAGACUGGAGCCAGAAGAGAAGGGAAAUGACCGAGGCGGCCCAUUCCCUCCAGGCUACUUCCCCUACCUCACCCCACACCCUCUUCUGAGACGCAACCGCCCCUUGGGCAAAAGGAGAUCAAUCAGUGAGAAACUGCAAGCAGCAUCAGUGCAGCCACCUGUGGCAAAUUUGCAACCUCCAGAGGAUAAACCAGCCCCACCUGAGACCCCUGCACCUCCACCUGUAAAGAAGAAAGGUUGGCCUAAAGGGAAGAGCAGAAAACCUCUUCACUGGAAGAAACGACCUGGACGUAAACCGGGCUUCAAGCUUAACCGGGAUCCACCUCCUCCUGCCCCAGAGCCUACACCUCGUCCCCCUCCUGCCCGGCCAGGGCGCAAACCAAGGAUACGUAAUCUAGCGGAAGAGCCUCCUGUAGAGGACAAAGUCCCUGAGACAAAGGAACAAGAGGAGGAAGAGACACAAACGGUGGUAGAGAAGACGAACGAUGAAGAGGAGCCUGAGACUGUCAUCACAGCUGUGCAACCAGCAUCCCCUUCUGAGAGCAGCAGCAGUAGUAGCAGUAGUAGUGAUGGUUCCUCUCGGGAAGCAGAACAUCAUUCAGAGUCUCCAGAACAGCAAAGGGAGCCUGUAGAAAAGCCACAACCUGUCGCCGAAGAACAAGAACCAGAAGAAGAGGAGGAGGAGGAGGAGGAGGAGGAGGAAGAAAAAGUACUGGAGGAAAAGGAAAUUGCAGCACCUGCAUCCAAUCGCCAAGAAGAUCAUGAUGCAGAUGCAGAUGAUGAAGAUGAAGGUGCAAAGGAGGCCGAUGAAGGAGAAGAAACAGAACAGGGCCCUGUUCCUGAGAAGCCAGAACCACAGGAACCUUGCAUUGGUAGCAGCAGUGAAGAGGAGGAGAAAGCAGAAGGGGAGCAGGAGCAAGAGGCAACAGAGGUGUCUGAUCAACCCUCAUGUCUACAAGAGGAAGAAGAGAGUCCAGAAAAGGUAGACGAGGACCCCAAAGAGGAAGAAGAGGAAGAGGAGGAGGAGGAAGAAGAAGAGGAGGAGGAGGAUGAAGCUGAGGAGGAAAUCCCGCACACUGAGUUAGACUUGGAGACUGUGCAAGCAGUGCAAUCAUUAACACAGGAAGAAGGCAGUGAGCGUGAUGGCACAUAUGGGGAUUGUGAGGAUGAGACCUUGACAGCCUGUCAGACAUUGCAGAGUUUUACACAAGCGGAUGACGACCCACAGUUGGGCUUGUCAGAUGAAUGCCAUCCCUCUGCCCAUGAUAGUCCAAUAUCUUCAGUUCAUUCUCACCCCAGUCAGUCGGUGCGCUCAGCAAGCAGUCCCAGCGUGCCUCCAGCUCUGGAAAGUAAUGGAACUGGGGCUUAUCCGCAAAUCAGCCCUGAUGCAGGAUCUCUCUCUGCUCCAUCUAUGCAGAACCUGGAAACAACCAGCCCAAUGAUGGAUGUGCCCUCUGUGUCAGACCAUUCACAACAGGUUGUGGAUAGUGGGUUCAGUGAUUUGGGCAGUAUUGAAAGCACGACUGAAAACUAUGAAAAUCCCAGCAGUUAUGACUCCAGCAUGGGAGGUGGCAGCAUAUCCUCCCAAAGCAGCUGUUCAUAUGCCAGUGGUGGAAAUGCUAGUGGAGCUGGGGGGUUAUCCUCUUCUGCCAGCAUGGCACAGAAUGGGUGUGUUGUGAGCCAACAAAUGGCUGGAAUGGCAAGCAUGCUGCAAACGACACAGGCUUGUAGCAUUAAGUCACCACAGAAUUGUGCCUCAGAACGCCCUCCUAGCAGCAGCAACAACCAGCCACCACCCCCUCCACCGCCACCUCCGAUGCCCCCUCAGCAGCCUCAACCUCCCCCACAACAGCAGCCCCCAAUGUCACAGUGCAGUAUGAACAACAACUUUGGCCCAUCACCAAUGAUCAUGGAGAUCCCAGACCAGAAUAAUGGCAGCAAUCUCAGCAUCUACCCAGGGGAUUUUGGGGCUGGUGGCUAUUCUCAGCCCUCAGCCACUUUUAGCCUGGCAAAGUUGCAGCAGCUUACCAACACUAUCAUGGACACUCAUCCUAUGCCUUACAGCCAUGCUCAGGCCGUCACCUCCUAUGCAAACAGUGUGUCCCUUUCUAAUUCAGGCCUGUCCCAGCUUACUUCUCAUUCACUGUCAGGGGCAUCCCAAGCACAAGCCACCAUGACCCCACCUCCUUCCAUGAACCUACUCCAGUGCAACAUGUCAACGGGCAACCUUGGCAUUCCCCACAGCCAGCGUAUUCAGAGUCAGAUGCCUGUCAAGGGGCAUAUUUCAAUCCGCUCCAAAUCUGCACCAUUGCCCGCUCCUCCAUCCCCUCACCAGCAACAGUUGUACGGGCGCAGCACACCAGGUAUGCAGCCUACAACCCGGGCACUUACCGUCCAGCGAAGCAUGAACAUGGGUGUCAAUCUUAUGCCCACCGGACCAUACAAUGUCAACACCAUGAACCCACUCAAUGCCAUGGGAGGGUACCGCAUGUCCCAGCCUAUGGUCAACAGCUCCUAUCAUAGCAACGCAGCCUAUAUGAACCAGACAUCACAAUACCCCAUGCAGGUUGGCAUGGGCAUGAUGGGUGCCCAGGCCUAUACCCAGCAACCUAUGCAGCCGAAUCCCCAUGGAAAUAUGAUGUACUCACCACCUCCUCACCACUCCUAUAUGAAUUCCCCUGCAGUCCCCAAACAAACUCUCAACUCCCCUUAUAUGAGGAGAUGAGGGGGGUCCUAGUGCAACCUGUGCAAGUUGCUCACCUGCCCCUCAUGUUCUCUUGCAGACUAUAAAUACGGCCUUUUAUACUGACAGGACUUGUGUCCCCUCUACCUUAUAUCCCUUUGCUGUAGAUUUAAUAUUAUGUUUUUUAUUGUUAUUUUAUUUCCCUUGCAAAAAUAUACUUUUGUGGGGUUAUCCUGUUAUUUUCUCUUCUGUAGAAAGGUAUUUUUCUCUUUUUUUUUCUUUUCUUUUCUUUUUUCUUUAUUUCUUUCAUCCUCUUACUCUUUCACUCUUCAGUUUAUAUAAAAGUGUCGGAUUUUUUUUUUUUUUAUCCUUUCCCAUGUUUUUUUUUUCUUUGUUAUACAGAAUGAAAAAAACACACAAAUGGCAGAUACAAACGGUUAACGGUAAAAGUUGCACGGUCAUAGGAAAAAAAGACAAUUCUUGUUUUUAGAAAUCAAGUUUAAAAGAAAAAAACUAUUAAGAAAGACAAAAAAAAUUGUAACCCUGUAGCCUUAUUCCGCCAUGGGCUUCUAAAAGAGCCUUGGUGACUGUGUACUUUAACCGUGCGUCCGCUGUUUAUUUUGCUCAUCGUUUUCAAUCUCUAGGAUGUGGUUGGAAGGGAGAACAACACUUGGGUGCUCACGUGAGCAGAAGAGCAUUAAAUUUAUUCCCAGUCAUAUGACGAAGAGUUUUUUUUUUUUAAAAAACCUAGUGUUUUCAAUAAUGGUCUUAGAACCUUGUUUAGUGGUGGUUUUUGAAAGCUGUUGUAAGUUUACAUCUAGCGCUCCAGAGACCAGAACUACAAGCAUCUGUCUGGCAAGGCAUGUUGGGACUUUGAGUUCUGUCACAGCAUUGUUGCCUUCUGCUGAGUAUAUAGCUUAAAUAAAUGACCACAUUGUUGUAAGCACUCACUCUACAUUCACAUUUUAAUUGUGGUUUGUGGUCUUUACAAAUUUAUUAUACACAAGGGACUCCUCCCUAAAUUGAAUGCUCCUCUGCUUUGUCCAUGUGAGCUGACUUGACCUUUCUUUCAUCCUAAUAAGCACUUAUUGCCACAGAUGGAAGGGGGGUACAUAGGAACAGUUUGUAUAUGUCAUCAGAUUGAUGGUUAUAUGAAUGCCUUUACUAUAAAUUCUUCCACUGGAACCCCUGCUUGGAGUCUUUUGAGGGUGAUGGUUCCAUGAACAAUGCUAGAGAUCAAUAGGUAUAGUUCGCUGGGCAAAGAACAGACCCAUUUCAUUGUGUAUACCCAACCCCCCCCCCCAUGUGCAGGGAUGGGCAUUUUAUAACUACUGUCUUAUAUAGUCGCUCAUCAAGAGUGCAAACUAACUGCAUCUAUAUUUUUAGUACUUUUAAAUGUGUUUUACUCCUAAAUAUUUUAGAGUCCCUAUGUAUAUAUUAUAUAUUGUCACUUUCUCCCUGACCUGUUUUUGCUUUUCAGAUAGGUUGGCUUGUGUUUUCAUGACUCCUUUCCAGUUUAGCAUUAAAGGGAAGUAAUAUUCUGUAGUGUGCUGAUGCCUUGCCAUAGCAAUAAUGUGUGCCUGCCAAUCUGUGUGCCCUUUGAGGUAGAUGUAGAUAAUGACAGUAGCUGGGCAGAUCUUCACAAGAGCAGUGCCUCGCCAUACACAUUGUCUCAAUGGCCCCUUACUCCCAUCAUAUGACGAUAAACAAAUGCCGUCUUUUCCGUUCUCUUUCUGUUAUAUAGCAGAGCAGCGACAAAGAUUGGCAAUGUCUGGCCCAUAUUUAGCUGAAAAUGCAUAGAACGCUUCCAGUACUUUCCAGUGUCUUGUUCUUUGCCUAUGUGAAAACCAUGUGAUCUUUUGUAAAAUUGGCCAUCAGCUGUCCAAAUAGGAGCUAUAAUUGCAUGGUCGAGAGAUGUUGCUAUCCAUGAUUAAUAAGAUUUGAUUGUCUGCAAUACCCCGCUCUGUUCAGGACUUGCAACAAAUACUACAAUAAUUUUUGAGAUGAUCUCAAUUUGUCACCAUGGGUCUUGCUGUAUGCAGAACAAUUCAUGGCACUAGAAAAACAGAUCCCGAUACUGUUAAGAAAAUAAAAUUACACAGAUUAGAAGUUCUUGUGUAGUUCAGCUUUCACGAAAGCUAGCCAUGUAAAGUAUUACAUUAUUUUGUAAGGACCUGUGUCAACAGGCUUCAGUGAACAAAAUCAGUGAGUUUUUUUUACAUCGGCAUGAUAACAUACUUCUGAGGUCAUUCAGAAUUCAUUGCAGGUGCAGUUGACUUGUUUUAAGCUGCUUUUGUAUUUCCCAUAGAUGUGUAUGGGAAGACAAGCAAUCCUGCAGAAAACAAAAGCCCAUUGACACAGGCCCUAAUAAUAAAUUGAGUUGCUGGGAGGUUUGCAGUGGCAAACGGCGAGUGUCUGUUCCGAAGUAUGCAAAAUUGUCUUAUUUGCAGAAUUUAUCAGAACUACACAAUUGCUAUUUGUAAACGUUCCAUGUAAAGAAGUGAAAGUGUGCAGAUGCAAUUUAUCUGUUGCCAAAUAAACAGCAUAGACAAAGUUUAAAAAGCCCAGCUUGACUCUAAAUUCUCUCUCUAAUAUCUAUUUUAUGACUUGCAGUAUUUUCUUUUCAAGUGCUGUUUUCUCUCUGGAUUAUGUUAAAGUAUUCCAGUUUGCUGGAAGAUAUCCAUGGUGUCAUUACUAACUUUGGUAGGUUUCAGGAGUCAUCUGUUUUCACAUAGCUUGCACAGAUGUAUAUGGCCAGCAUUGGGGAGAGCAGUUAUCUUGCUUGCUGUUAAUUUUUCACAUGGAACUGGUGGUGUUACCAGGUUCUAAUAACAAGUACAAUGUACAUACAUUUGACUCCAUGAAACUGUAGCCUUCAUCAUUUUAUAUAGAUGACUAGUUCUAUCACAGAACGGUUUAAGAAGAUUCCUCCUAGAUGGAACGGUUGAUAGCUGGUUAUGGGUGCUUAAAGGUAUUAGCUCCUGUUGCAAGGAACCACAAACAGGGCAGAUAAUUAUCUCUUUUAAACAUGGGUGAAUUUUAAUGAAAUGCAUCAUGGUAAAAAGAGAUCCUAGGUAGAUAUCAAAAUCUGCCUGUGGCCACAUAAGUGUCUUCAGUGGCUUUAGGUGGGCUAUGAGACCGUUCCCCAGACCACCAGCUGUUUUCUGACACUUGACUCCUUAAAGACAGGCAGUAAAGAGUCCCGAAGAUGCUUAUACAAACUGACAUCUCCUUCCUUCUGUACAUUUCUAGGGUUUAAAUAAUGGUUUUAUCCUCUCAGCUCAUAUUGUAAUUGUAUUGUAUUUUAUUUUUGUUUUUUAAUUUUAUUUUCUCCGGCCUUUUCUUGACGCUGUGGGGUUCUACUUGCCCCCGUCUGGUUUGUAUGUAAUAAGACUUUCACCCCAUUUCCCAGACCCCUCUCCUCCUUUCUAGUAAGUGCUUUCAGAAAAAAAACUGUACAUUUUAACGUAAAAAAAAUAAAUUAUGUUGAGACAUUUUGGAAA